CCUAUUACAAGCUCCCCCGCUCUCCGAUAAAGCGGGAGGGAGGGAGGGACUGAGUGCGCGCGCGUUUCCUUCCAGUAAUCUGAGAAAUGUCGAAGAUCCUUCUUCUGAAACCGCCCCACGGCCAACUCCAUGCCCUUAACCACAGCGCCAGUCGCAGGAAUCUCUCCGCCUUCCUCGCCUCCUCCUCCUUCAAACCCCCCCUCUCCCCUCUUCUCCAUUUCUCCCCCUCCCUCCCCUCCUCCUCCUCUCGCCCUCCUCCCCUCCGCCGCUCCUCCCUCUCCUCCCCCCGCCGGAUCUUCCCCGUUCGAGCCCUCGAGUCCUCCUCCACCGCAAGAACCAACAACGAGGACAAGGAGGAGUCCAAGGCUGGGGGAGAAGACGACGGAGCCCCGCCGUCUUCCCCUUCGACCGCCGCUGCUUCCGGGCCCGGUGAUGGGGUUUUGGUGGAGAAGGCCGGAUUGGAUGGAGUUCUUCCCACUGGAGAGUUCGAGAUGGAGGAGUUCGGUUGGUGGAAGAGCUUUGUCGUGAAGCUCCGGAUGCUGUUCGCUUUCCCCUGGGAGCGCGUCAAGAAGGGCAGCGUGCUCACCAUGAAACUCCGCGGCCAGAUAUCUGAUCAGCUAAAAAGCCGCUUUGCUUCUGGGCUAUCCCUACCUAAAAUUUGUGAAAAUUUUAUUAAGGCAGCAUAUGAUCCUCGUAUAUCCGGUAUAUAUCUUCAAAUAGAACCUCUUAGCUGUGGAUGGGGCAAACUUGAUGAAAUACGAAGGCAUAUACUGGAUUUCAAGAAGUCAGGAAAGUUCAUUGUAAGCUAUGUUCCUAUAUGUGGAGAGAAAGAGUAUUAUCUUGCAUGUGCUUGCGGAGAGCUGUACGUCCCACCUGGUGCUUAUGUUGCAUUGUUUGGUUUGGUAGUUCAAUCAUCAUUCCUUGGGGGGGUUCUGGAGAAAGUAGGAAUUGAACCACACAUACAGCGCAUUGGUAAAUAUAAAAGCGCUGGAGACCAACUUUCACGUAAAAGCAUGUCAAAAGAAGUUUGUGAAAUGCUGACUUCAUUGCUUGAUAGUAUUUAUGGAAAUUGGCUGGAUACAAUUUCUUCAACUCAAGGAAAGACAAGAGAAGAAAUUGAGGAAUUUAUCAACACAGGAGUUUACCAAGUUGAAAAGCUUAAAGAAGAAGGGUGGAUAACAAAUACAAUGUAUGAUGACGAGGUUAUGUCAAUGUUGAAGGAGAGACUGGGACAAAAGGAUAAGAAAAAUCUUCUCUCCGUUGAUUACAGUAAAUACUCUAGGGUAAGAAAAUGGACACUUGGGUUGGAAGGUAAAGAACAAUUCGCUAUAAUUAGAGCUUCUGGAAGCAUUAGUCGUACUCGUAGUCCAUUAAGCAUCCCAAGCUCUGGCAUUGUUGGUGAACAACUAAUUGAGAAGAUCCGUACUGUUAGAGACACAAAAAGGUAUAAAGCUGUUAUCUUGCGAAUUGACAGCCCUGGAGGUGAUGCUCUUGCUUCUGAUUUGAUGUGGAGGGAGAUCAAGCUUCUUGCUGCCUCUAAACCUGUGAUUGUAUCAAUGUCUGAUGUUGCUGCAAGUGGUGGAUAUUACAUGGCUAUGGCAGCAGAGACAAUUGUUGCUGAGAAUCUGACUUUAACUGGUUCAAUUGGAGUAGUCACAGGGAAGUUCAGUUUAAACAAGCUUUAUGAAAGGAUUGGCUUCAAUAAGGAAAUAAUAUCGAGAGGAAGAUUUGCUGAGCUUAAUGCUGCUGAUCAACGUCCACUUAGACCAGAUGAAGCAGAACUCUUUGCAAAAUCCGCACAGAAUAUUUACAGACAAUUUCGAGACAAAGCAGCCUUUUCACGAUCAAUGAGUGUAGAUCAGAUGGAAGAGGUUGCUCAAGGAAGGGUGUGGAGUGGCAAAGAUGCAGCUUCCAGAGGUUUGGUCGAUGCCAUUGGUGGGUUCUCCCGAGCAGUUGCUAUUGCAAAACACAGGGCAAAUAUACUACAGGAUAGUCAGGUUAAGUUAGUUGAGGUGUCAAGACCUUCGCCAUCUUUACCAGAAAUAUUAAGUGGCAUCGGAAAUUCCUUAUUUGGACUGGACCAGACGGUGAAGGGAGUGUUGCAAGACCUGACAUCCGCUAAUGGUGUUCAAGCAAGAAUGGAUGGCAUCCUGUUUGAAAGUUUGGAAAAUGCAUUAGACGAUAAUGCGAUCUUCAGACUGAUAAAGGAAUACCAAAGCUCAUUCUGAUUUGGACCGACCAGUUUUUUUCUUAUUCUUUACUAAAAGUGAUGGUUAUUGAGCGGUAUACUGAAACGUUUAGGAUUAUGCACAACUUUUGAGUAAACAAAUCAGAAGUUAUACUCAGUCAGGAAAAAGGAAAAGGGAAAAAGCAUGCAAUUCACAUACAUGAGAUUUGUUGUACUCAUUGUUUUCUUGACAAUGAUACUUCAAAUUUUAUCUUUUAAUAAUUUUUAAUUUUUAAUGCUGCAUUUGGAAUUUGUAUACAGAUAAAAUACUUUGUUGUAUUAGAGAGGUAAUACAAUAUGAAAGAAAUGCAAUGAAAAUACUCUGGCUUUAAAGAU